ACAAACAGAUUUACUGUUACUAAAAUUAAACUUGUAUUUGUUAACUAUCACAUAUAGAUCAAACUGUGAUUUUUUUUAAUGGUUAAAUGAUAUCAAGUGUGACUCAUUAUGAUGUUUCCUAGAUGUGUUGAGGGACAGGCGUACAGAACUUGAUUAAAAGUGGCUGUUAUCUUUACCUCCCUGCUGGAUUAGUCACAGGAAGUGGUAUUUCGCCAUUUUUCUUCUCCAGGAAGGACGAAGUCGGUGUCUUCAGACAAAUACUUUUGAGAUUUGAGGGUAAUUACGUACUUUAUGUGUAGUAGAUUCUACCAUAAAGUUAUGAAGUUUUAGCUUAAAAAGUACUUCACAGGAGUGUUUGUUGUUUUAAAAAAAUAGAGACUGAGACAAGAUGCCAACUAUACGCCGAACACUAAAAAAUGUGGUUAAGAAUUACUCUGACGCUCAAGUUAAGGUCCGGGAGGCCACCUCUAACGACCCGUGGGGUCCGUCAAGUACUCUCAUGUCGGAAAUUGCAGACUUGACAUACAAUGUGGUGGCUUUCACGGAAAUUAUGCAGAUGGUGUGGAAGCGUUUGAAUGACGAUGGAAAGAACUGGCGACAUGUGUAUAAAUCGUUGAUGGUUCUAGACUACAUUAUAAAAACUGGUAGUGAGAAAGUAGCACAGCAAUGCAAGGAAAACUUUCACGCUGUCAAAACUUUGACCAGUUUUCAAUACAUUGAUGCUGGAAACAAGGACCAAGGGAUGAACGUGAGAGAAAAGGCCAAGCAGCUUGUGGCUCUUCUCUCUGAUGAUGAACGUUUAAAAAAUGAACGUGCAAAGGCUCUGAAAGCCAAAGAACGUUUUGCACAAAGUGCGAUGGGUAUAGGAAGUACAGGAGGAGAAAGGAAAAAGUCAGGGGGCAUGACCGACCCGGUGGUACAGACAGGCAAUUCACUGAGUUGCUCCCCUUUGCAUGGAUCAGACAAGUCGACCAGAUUUGAUGCAGGUAGUCCAACCCUCCAGUCAGGAUCUGGCGGUUAUGCUGACCCUUACGGUGGUGCAACAGGCUCAGGAUAUGAUGAUGCUGUUUCAGUGUCGCCGACCAGUGGUGGGAGUGGUAGCCGCCGCAUGUCUGUCGAGCUUGACCAUGCUCGGCCAGCGUCGGUCGGGGAGGAGGAACUCCAGCUGCAGCUUGCACUCGCCAUGAGCAAAGAGGAACAUGAUGAGGAGCUACGCAAGCAGAAGUCGGACGAUAUCAAACUACAAAUGGCCCUUGAUGAGAGUCGCAAACAUGCUGAUGAGGAGCAAAAGAAGAGUAACAAUAGAGUAAUCAUUAAACCACCUGCUGGAGGAAAAAAGACUCACAACCCAGAAUUGUUCAGCUUGGCUGACGGAGGACGGAAAGGAACAACAGAUCCCUGGGGUAUGCCACUGCAACAGAAACAAGAACCAACAGAUCCCUGGGGGGCGCCACUGCCUGGCCCAGGGGCACCCAAAACACAUGCUGCCUCACCCCAACCAGUUGACCCCUGGGUAUCACCUGCUGGGUCCCGGCCAUCUCAACCCACCCCUCCCAUUCACAAUAUUGACCCCUGGGGAGCACCAACUGUGAGCCCAGCCAGAUCUACACCUCAGUCAGGGUCCACUCCUGGAUCUCAACCAGAUGCAUGGGGUGUGAGCCCAGGCCCACAGAGCUCCCCCUGGGGGUCCCCAGCCCCACCCCAGCAAACUGCUGGUCUGGAUCCCUUUGGGUCUCCAGCAGCACCAACAACCACCACAAAUGGCACCAACAAUAUCGACGAAGCAUUUGACCUGCUGAGCUCUCGGAGUACCGAAGGAUCGCCAGCCAAAUCUGCUGGUUCUUCUGCAGCUCAGGCCUUUGAUCCUUUAGUGGACUCCAGUGCAAGUGAUGGGGCGUGGAACAUGGGAAGCCUUAACCAGAAUCUACCACUGGAAAAGAAAAAAUCUGCUCAGGAUUUUCUUGGCCAGCAUACUGGGCUUGUUAACUUAGAUGAACUUGUAUCGAAGCCUGCACCUAAAGGUAAUAACCCAUUUGCUGCACCAUCAGCCAGUAACCCAUUCGAACAGCCCGUCACACGAGUACCCAUGAACCAACUACAGAACACAGCACCAGGUUUCACACAGCCUGUUAAUUCUGGACUCCUGCCCACCCCUCUCAUUCCAGUGAACACAACCCACCAGCCCAUGCAGCCACAACAACAAAGUUACAACCCCUUCUUAUGAGGAACGGUCCACUCUCAGCGGAUGGGAGGUUAAGAUAUCAAGGUUUACGUGUUGCUCCAGUAUUCAAAAGGUCUGGGGCUCAGCAGAUCUGAUUGUAUAUUUCUUGAACAAAAAUUGUACAUUUAUGUUUUAAGGUAUAUAAGGUGUGACUCCUUUGGUCUGAUUGGUGUCCAACAUUUAUCAAUGUACUGGAGAUAUACCUGUGUUGGAUAGACCUAGCAGACUUGUUGCAUGAAGAUCUCGAAACAAUACACAGGAAAAACGUCACCCCUCCAAUUUCUUCGUCUAUGAUUUAUACCAGUGAUAUUAGGAUAGCAUUGAGUGUAUUCUGUACCUGUUGAUUUGACUCUGCCAAAUUCGUCAGCCUUGUUUCUGCAGGCAGUAUGCUUUUGUGUGAAAACAUCCCUGGAGUUAUAAGAGUCCAGGAAAUACAUCAUAAAUCAAUAAUAAUCUUUUUCAUUGUCUAAGCCCCAAACUGACUGCUCUUUUGAUGUUUAUGUGUAUUGUGUAUGCAAAUUUCACUUUAAUGUUUAAGUUGUGCACAAGUUUGUCUUCUUAGACUUGCUUUAUAUAAUUUUCUUUUGAAUAUUUUUGAAGAGGAAAUGAUUGUGUGGAAACAAAUGGUUAGACCAUACACAUGUAUUCUGACAAUACUAUUUAUGUAAACAUUAGCAUAACAAGUGAACAUCGGACUCUAUUGUUCUAUCAAGCAUGCGAUAAUCACUCAAUAAUUCUAUAUAGUCAUUACAGUCUGCAUUCAAGGAAUCCUGUAACCAUUACCAUGUUUGAUGCACCAUCUACAAUAUGUAGAUACUUUCAUAUCAAAAUUAGUAUUAGAAAACACAGGAGUGUUACACAUGUCUAUCAAUGAAUGAAGAGAAUAGAGUUUUUUGAUAUACCUGACAGCUUUCAUUGUACUGGGAUGAAUGAGUGAGUGAAUGAAUGAAUCAGGUUGCUAGUGGCAACCAACUUUGAUUUGGUCACAAAUACCAAGGCAAUGUGUAUGUGUAUUGUACAACUAUGUAACAAUACUGUCUUUCAAGGGAACGCCUAGCUCUCGCCUUAAAUGGUAGUGUAACGCUUGUGGAUUUGGUUUCAUACAUUGAACAGCUGAACUUUCUGUAAAAAUAUUUUUGUAAACGGUACAGAUUCAUUUUGCUGCAGAUAAUCAAUAAGAACAUCGCUGUGGUCCGUACAAUAUUGCUGUGUAUCAGCCAAGGGUAUGUUUCAGUGCGAAUGUUGUUAAAAUAUGAUAAGAUUAUGAUGAUAUGUUUUUGUGUCACAUUUAUCAGUUAUCAUCCUAUUUACACAUGAGAAUAUGACACAUGGAAAAUAUUGGUUUUUUUAAGUUUAAGGGGUAAAAUAUACAAGCAAAUUCAAAGACACAAGAACUGCACCUUAUGUUAGAAAGAAAUAUUGACUAAUAAAUAAAUGGUUAAAAUGCUACCACAUUAUAUUAACUAUUGGCAAUAGGUCAGUACUGGGGUGAUACUGUGUAAGCAUGGAUUGACAGCAAUAUGUGUCAAGGCAGAAUUGAACCUGUUUGGUUCAGCUUGAAUGGCUGAGAAUUUGCUGAUUCAGUGUGAAGCAAUAUUGACUGCUUGCCUGGCAUCAUGUCUUGUGUCGAGUAAUUGCAUGGAACUGUUGUCGGAACACGUUGGCUGUUAUUGCACAAGACAGAGGCCUUACCUUCACCUUCUUGCUGGUGUUGAGCAUGCUAUUUAUUCAGUUUUGUUUAUAAUAUUUAUAUUCAUAAACUGUGCGACGGAUAUUAGAAUAGAAGGAGUUGCUGUGUAAUUCAAAUUAACAGCUGCAUAGUCAUUACAGAAGAGUCACGGGGUUGGACAGUCAUGAUAGAGGAAACAUCUAGUCCUUGUUUUUCACUCAUCUCAGGACUUUUCCUCUCGGCCAUCCAGCCCUGAACACUAUCUGGCUAACUGAAGGGCCUAACUGUGGAAUAUGAAUUGCCAUUUUCAGACUACAGCAUGUAGAAUAGUGCUUCUCUAUUUAUUUAUGACUGUAUGUUUGGUUGGUGUCAUAAGGGGUUAUGUUAACCAGGAAUAUUGUAAUUGUCUUUACACAAAGUUUUGAUCUAGUUCACACACUUAGAACUAGUAUUUGCACCGACUGGUGAUGUUUGUCUUGAGUCAUCCAGGUCAGUUCUUGUGAAUGUUGUCCUGUGUUUCGGAGAUUCUGUCUGGCUAUGCAGCUUAUUGGCAUUACUGAGAUUCUCCGACAAUAUUUGUUUUGGCAGCAUGUCUUGUAUUAUAAACAGAGUGAAAGGAUCUGACAGAUCAGCGAAAAUGACAUUAAUAGAUAUGUAUGGUUAUAUAUUCUGUAAAAUAAUCCCUCUUAAAAAAGUGCAUUUGUUAUUAAGGGAAUGUAUGGCCACAACCAAUCAAAUCUUUAACUUCAUGUUUUGAUUUGAAAAUAUAUAUUACUGGAUUUUUUAAAUAUUUUUGUUGGAAGUGUUUGGGAAAGAUGACCGAGUACUGAAGAUUUAUUUCAUGUGGAAUCUAGUUGACAUGGAAUAAAUAUUCUUUCUGGAUCUAUUAUUAGAGGAAUCAUUAUAUUGACCUCAAGGUUCACAUUGGUAUGAUUCGGAUUGCUAGGGAGCCUGGGUCAUUGACCCUUAAAAUAAACAAAACUUCAAUUUCUUACACUGUGACCCUAUUUUCGACAUAUGUGACCCCAAUAUUCAAAUCCAUCCAAUGCACCUGGUCAUCUUUACCCAUCACAAAAUCCCAAGGUAUUGAUUAGUUGUGGCUUGAGGUACAGUUGCCAUGAGUAAUAAUGUUCAAGCACCGGUCAGAUUGAAAUGGAAUGGACUCCAGUCCUACCUCCAGGACUUGAGUUUCUGACCAGGGGAGAUAACUCACAUCUUCUCUAAAAUGCUUGUUGAAGACUUAGAAGAGGAACGGUACAAUGUCUGGAUCCAUUUUGAUGGUGCAAAGAAGGACAAAAUGUUGAUUGGGAGGCAUGCUGUUGAAAUCAGGUACUCAAAGUCAUGGUCAGGUUUUGCGAUAUGGGUACUCAGGUCCAUUUUUGUUUUUUUCCUAUCCGUCAGAGCCCUAAUGAGUAGGUAUUUGCCAUGAUGUGUACUCUUCAGAGUUAACCCCUGUUUAAUCCCAGGAUCUACUGUUGAACAUCAGGCAAUAACCUGGUGAACAUCCUCAGUGCACACUGCCAGUUUCUGUUACUUAGUUUCUGUUCCUCAGUUGCUAAACUCACCAUAGUCUUUCAUACUGUACCAGACAUGGCCAGGCUUCUUUCUGUCAACUCAACGUCAUUCAAAUCACCCUGGAAAAACAAGAUUCAAUAAUGUUUUGAUUUGAACAAAUUUUAUUAGCAGAGUAAAUAGGAAAGGACAAAAGUUUAAGAUUUCAUGGACUGAAAAAAUGAUUCAACAGUGUACUAAAGUCAACCCAAGUGUUUGUCAUAACCCAAAAUUGUGGAGGGUCAUCUAAUCUGAAUAUUAUGGCCAAAAAUUUAAGAACCAUCACUUAAUUUCUAACUCUGUGUUAUAAGGAAUUAUCUACCAGGAACAUAGUUUGUUUGUUUUCUCAAUUCUACUUGUACUUAAAAGAAAUGUUUUCCCUUUCUAUGCACGAGAUUGAGUUUGACAGGCAAUUUAUUUUAUUUUUUCUCAAAUUUGUUGAUUUUGAAUCUCUUAAAUGUAAACAUUUUUGUCAUUUAACUGCAUAUGUUUUUAUUAUACAUUUUAAAUUUAUUUCCAAGUUAACUUACAUGUACUUCAGUUAGAUGUCAUGCCUGCAUUCUUUUGCACGGAUAAUACCAACUUGAAAUUAAAGAACUUUAAAAGUUUGAAUGAAUAGUACUGGAUUUGGAGAACUGCUGUAGAUUUUUUGUCUUUAACUAUUGUUAUGUAUGGUGGAUUUGUGAUUGGUUCAUCAAUAUUUGUCUGUUUUUCAUUUGAUAAUGCAAUAUGUUGUGUCAUGAGCUAAUCUUUUGCAAGUGGUAAGCUUGUGGUGAAACAGUGUCUAUUUGCAUGUUCAGUCAACUCUGGAUAUGACUUGUGUUAUACCAAGUCAUUUGUUUAAGACUAUUUUUUUUCUCAUUAGAAUUAAUUACAAAUAUCAAACCUUGGUGAUUGAAACAAAUGUAUCAGGCACAAGUUUUGAAACUUUGUGGGUUUUUUUCAAGGGCAUCUUUCCACAGAGCUGUCUCAGUGCAACGACUAUCACAGUCAAAGUUCAAAUAUGGGCGUCAGUCAGUGUGGCACGUCAGUACAUGUCAGUCAGUGUGGCAAGAUCACUUUGUGGAAUAAAGCCCAGCUGUCAUGUUGAUGAUUAGAGUGUUAUGUAGCUAUUGAAAUAAAUGCACAACUGGUAGGUAGAAUUUUGUUGUGAAACCACUAGUAUCUUCUAUACCCAAGUGCCAAAGUAGGUCAUAAAUUAUUAAACCAAGAUCUUUUCAGGGUUAAACUAGGUUUUCAAAUGAUAAGAAAUGGCAUUUAAGUACAGUAAACAUGCAGGUAGAUAGGAAGAAAUGUACUCCACUGUGUGGAAAUAUUUACCAAGAUUGCUUCUAUAAAGAGACUUUUCCAUGCAUAUUAUAAUCAUAGGGGAUAGUGAGGGUGUUCACCUACCUCAUAUUAAAUUGCUGCCUUUGCUAAAAACAUUUAUUCACAACUUGUAUGUUUGUUAUAUCCAGAGUUGCUGAUUGAGUCAGACUACUGAUUGUAUUUUUUUCCAACUUUCAAUAAGAUAUUGUAAAGCUACAGGUAACCUCACAUAAAAGAAUUAUUUUUUUACAACAGUUGAGUCCGGUUUGACUUUUUUCAAAGUAUCUCAGUAUUGAUUGUGUAACCAUGGAAACAUCGUAAGCUCACAUGACAAUACUGCCUUUGGAUGGCAAUAAGUAUGUACAAAUGCUACUGUACAAAAAUGUGUCUCGCUUCAUGUGGCGUGGUGUGUCAUAUUGUAUACGCUGUGCACUUUGAUGCUCGUAUUUUUCUCAUUCAAUUGUUGUUGAGUCUUUGGAAUCAACAAUGAAGCCACAAUAGAAGAAAUAAGAAAUACGACAGGGUCUCUUGCUCAUGAGUGGUGACAAUGAUAGGUCUGUCUGGUCUCUGGUAUGGACAAGCCUCAGAAAUUGGGAACUAGAAUGCCUCUCAACAGUUCAAACCCAGAUACACUGAAUGGAAAACAUGAAGUAGCAGAGAGCUGUGUUUGUUAGACUGUUGCACAACAUAUGGAAUGGACUAAUUUUAAUCAGGACUGGAUGUGCCGCUAAGCGUGGACCUGGAUGAGACUUUUCAUCUGGGAAAUGUUUUAUAUUUUAUUUUCAUAAGCAGUUACCUGAUUGGUGGCUUUGUGUGAGAGCGGCAACGGAGACCACAAUAAAGAAUGUGCUUGCAAUGCUCAGUGGGGAGCUACUAUAACUGUGGGCAGUCACCAGCUACAUGUGUCUUGGAGAUGAUAACAGCAGUGUUAUCACAUUCUGACUCGUAUAAUAACAUGAAUAAACCAAAUAUUAUCA